UUUUUUUCAAAAUGCGGUUCCACGACGGCAAUUCGAGCGGUUUUUGGGGCAACACGACGUCCACGCUGGACUGGUGCGAGCACAACUACGCAGUGUGCCACUACAUUGCCGAGUUCUGGAACACGAUUAGCAACGUCCCAAUGGCACUGCUGGCCCUCUAUGGCAUGUACUGUGUCCGCAAGUAUGGAUUUGAAACCCGGUUCCUGAUUGCCUACUUUGGCCUGUUUGUCGUUGGAUUUGGCAGCUGGUGCUUCCACGGAACUCUGGACUACUCGGCCCAAUUGCUGGACGAGCUUCCCAUGAUUUACGGCACCUGCGUGUUUGUCUACUGUGUCCUCGAAGACCGUCCAAAGUCACGAUACGGCUGGCCUCUGAUUCUUGGGCUCUUCCUGUACGCCGUGGUCGUGACGGUCGUCUAUCUGUUUGUCAAGGUGGCCGAGUUCCAUCAGGUCGCGUACGGCCUGAUGGUCGCGUUGAUUGUCUUCAAGUGCUGCUACCACUACAAGAUUGGCGACCUGUCGCGCGAUCCGCUGCAGCCCAAGAUUUUCUUUGGCGCCUUGAUUGCGUACCUCGGUGGAUUUGCUCUUUGGAACAUUGACAACAUUUUCUGCGGCUCGCUCCGUGCCUGGCGUGCGGAGCUCCCCUUCCCUCUCGACGGUCUUCUCGAGCUGCACGCAUGGUGGCACAUUGGUACUGGUUAUGGCACCUAUCUCUUCAUUGUUACCAACCAAAUGCUGAGGUCCACUUGGUUGCGUCAAUCUGGUGGCAACGACUCGCUUGACGCUGUCGGCGGCUCUGAAGUCCAUUUCGAGCGGAUUUUCGGCAUUAUUCCUUACGUAGUCAAGGACACUGCCGCCCCACGUCGCUCCAAGCGCAUUGCCUCUGCAUCUGCAACGCCUGUGACGACACGUACCCUGCGAAGCAAGCGCGACUAGAAUAGUCAAAGCGGUCGUGUUGGAAGCACUUUGCCGUCCAUCUCACUCGAUUCAUUCGCUUCGCGAGUUCGAUCGUUUAUUUCUUGUUUCUGCACUUGCAUGAAUGCACUUUGAUCCAUACAUUGACGCUUUCCCCCCUCCAAAUCCGAAUCCGAAUCUUCUC